AGAGACAGAGCCGGAGAGACACAGAAGGGGAGGGGGACUAAGUGAACGGCGUUCGUCGCGUGUCGGUGAAUCACAGUGAAGUCCACGGGCAGAGGCGCAUGCACGGAUUGGACCUGAAUCAACAAAUGGAUACAGGAGAGCUGGAUGUACGCUGCAUGUGAGGGGAGCAUCAGGGAGGACCAGGAGUCUGCCUUCACAUCCUCUCAUCCCCGCAUCACACAGCGCGGCGAGGAGCCCACUGGGAGGGAAGGGAGCACAGCGGACAACUCAUUUCUCUCCAACACCCUCGCAGAGCCGAGGAGCUGUGAGUCAGAAUAGGAGUCGACCGUGGGACUCGCUGGGAUUGAAUAUAUGCUCAUGCCGGUGUGUGUGUGGAUGUGUGUGUGAGCUGAUAAUAGCAGCCCCAUUGGUAUUCAGUGGAGGGAGCUCCAGGAUCUCGCUGCGCCUUUCCCCAGGAUGGGAUCACAGAGCAGGGAUUGUGCUUGCCUGUGGAGAGCCCGCUGAAAUGGAUCUGAGGACUUGCAGAGAUGGACACCAAAUGGGCAACAUGGAAGCCAACAUGGACCCUCCAGCGACUAGCUUUCCACACCUAACUGCCUCCGCCGACUCCAAACAUCAGCUUGAACCAUCCCAGCGAGGGCUCGGCCUGCAGAGUUGAGGUUGAACCGGCCAUUCAGCGACACCGGAGGCUGCCGACAGGAAGCAGAGAGAAGCAGACGGUGACAAGCCUUAGAGGAAUCGACAACAAACAAAUCAACCUGUUGCGCGCACAACUGAGCUUCUUCACGAGAUAUGAAAUAGGACUGCAGUGAUGCUCGAGCAAUGGUAUGGAGCUUUUGGACAUGUCCGGAUUUAUCGACCGGAUAUCCUUUUGAGAUCACCACACUUUUGUGCGCACCUCAGAGCUGGGCAACUUUGCCAGAUUGGCCUGUGGGCAAAAGCAAGUAAUUGAAAAAUCCCCUCUCCAGAAGCUUUCUGUUCUAAUUUAUUGUCAGAGAGGAGGGUUUGCAUUUUUUAAAUUUUUUUCAAAAGAACAAUUAAAAAAACAACAACUUCUCUUUAUCCCAUUUUUUUUGACCAUCUUUCUCACACAUUGCGGAAAAAAUACAUUAUAAAGCAGCUCCAUUCUUCUCCGUCCUCCCUCUGUGACGGAGAGUGAAGAGGGACAGACUGUCCAGAAUAGAUAACGAGCGGGGAGACUGGCACCGAGGAGAAAGAAAGAGCGGAGGAAUAGAGUGAACCAGGUAGAGAGAAAGAAGGGAAGACAAGAAAAGAAAGAUUGAGAAUUAAAUAGGAUUGUUGGAAACCUUCCCCGAGACUCCCAAUCUCUUUCUAAUUCGUCUGUGUCGUGUCGGAGGCUAGUUAGCGCAAUGGGUAGGGGAGGGGCCAGGAUUUACACCAGGGGGGGCACUUGAGCAGCCCAGUUGGGUUAUGACCCCCUGCACCUGCCUGGUCUGCAUCUUAGUGUUUGGCAGGGAGACGGACUGAGGGAUGGCCUGGUAAACAGACAGCUAUAGCGAAUGAGAGACAAGCUCUAAGGCCGGUUAGACAGACAGACAGACAGGAAGACGCAGCCGAUUCCAAGUGUCAGGCUGCGAGCCAGGCAGACAUCCAGUGCCGGCACAGUCGACAGCAUGUGAUUCAUUGUCAUUCCAUGCAGUGUGCGAGGAAAAGACAGAGAGAAGGCGAGAAAAGGAAGAAGAGGAGCGUCCCCGUGUUUGUAGUUGGUGGAGAAUCUCACUUCCUCUGCAUCCACUCCAGUUUCUACUGUGGCAAGCCCAUGCUCUGAAAAAACAGGUGGGGAGGGAGGGGGCUGUUACUAGAGAGGGAAAUACAGGUUAGAGAGAGAGAGAGAGAGAGAGAGAGAGAGAGGGAGAAACGGAGAGAGAGCAGGUGUUGAAAAUCCUCCCCCUCAUCUGCUUGUCAUUUACUCCUUUAUGUUCUCUCGUCGUCUGGCGAGGUGAUUGGUUUUUCUGAUGCCGGUGUUCCUCUGCUCGUAGGCCCCUGCGCAAUCCUGAGGAAAACAAGAGGUGGGCAGACAGAGGAAAGCAGAAAGAGACAGCGUAAGAGGAAAGGUGGACACCUACUUUGAUUGACAAAUUUUUCACCUCUUCCCUUUUUUUUUCUGUCAAGACGGACUCUUGCUAUUUCUAUCCUUCAUUUUUUGGGGCUUUUUCCCCCCUAAGAGGUAACAGACAGAGGGAAGAAAAACACUGGUCCAGUCAAUUCCUCAUUGUACAAAGAAUUGAACCUCUCCUUUUUCUCAAUUGUUGAUUUUCUUGCCUUGAUCUUUAAGGGAUUCAUUUCCUCCAUCUGAACAUAAACACUGGAAUCCUCUAGGUUUCCUCUAUCUAUACAGUGUGAACCCCACUGACUCCCCCCCCGCCCCCCCCCAGCAGCCCCUGCUCGGCUCAAAGUGCUGAAACCCUGUGGCCUCAGAUCUCAACGCCUGUGUUGACUCACCACUACAGCAAUAGUAUGGCACAGUGCUUCUGAUACCAUCUGAUUCAUUCCGUGGUGGUACAGGCAGCCAGCAGACCAUUCUCCAUGAGGAGCAGUAGAAGAUGCCGGCUCUGCCAGCACUGCUGCUGUCAAUACACAUCCUCUCCUUCCUGCUAGUCACCAUGCCGCCACGCUCCCUCAGUCAGGCCCCCCUGCUCUCCUCGGUCCGAAUGGCUGCAAUCCUGGAUGACCAGUCUGUGUGUGGGCGUGGGGAGCGGCUGGCGCUGGCCCUAGCGAGGGAGAACAUCAACAGCGCUAUGGAGGGCGCGUCCCGUGCCCGAGUGGAGGUGGACAUAUAUGAGCUGCAGAAAGACUCCCAGUACGACACUACUGACACCAUGUGUCAGAUUCUACCCAAAGGCGUCGUGUCUGUGAUAGGUCCCGCUUCCAGCCCCGCCUCUGGCUCCACUGUCAGUCACAUAUGUGGAGAGAAGGAGAUCCCUCACGUAAAGAUUGGACCUGAGGAAACGCCACGCUUGCCGUACCUGCGCUUCGCCUCUGUCACUCUGUACCCUAGCAACGAGGACCUGAGCCUGGCCAUCGGAGCCAUCUUGCGCUCGUUCAGUUACCCCUCAGCCAGCCUGGUCUGUGCCAAGGCUGAGUGCCUGCUGAGAUUGGAGGAGCUGGUCCGCCGCUUCCUCAUCUCCCGGGAGACGCUGUCAGUCAGAAUGCUGGAUGACAACCUGGACCCUACGCCGCUGCUGAAGGAGAUCCGUGAUGACAAAGUGGCCACCAUCAUCAUUGACGCCAAUGCUUCUGUCUCUUAUCUCAUCCUCAAGAAGGCAUCCGAGCUGGGGAUGACAUCAGCAUUUUACAAGUACAUCCUCACCACCAUGGACUUCCCCCUCCUAAGACUGGAUGAUAUAGUGGAUGAGCACUCCAAUAUUGUGGGCUUCUCCAUGUUCAACACCACACACCCCUUCUAUUUGGAGUUCAUCAGGAGCCUCAACCUCUCUUGGAGGGAGGGCUGCGACCUCACGUAUCCCGGCCCCGCGCUCUCGUCAGCGCUGAUGUUUGACGCGGUGCAUGUGGUGGUAGGGGCCGUGAGGGAAUUGAACCGCAGUCAGGAAAUCGGUGUGAAGCCGCUCAGCUGCAGCUCACCUCAAAUCUGGCAACACGGGACCAGUCUCAUGAACUACCUGCGCAUGGUGGAGUACGAUGGUCUGACGGGCCGUGUGGAGUUCAACAGCAAAGGUCAGAGGACCAACUACACCCUGAGGAUCCUGGAGAAACACAGAGGAGGCCACAAAGAGAUUGGGAUCUGGUACUCUAACAACACCCUGGCCAUGAAUUCCACCAGUCUGGAUAUCAAUGUCUCGGAGACGCUGGCAAACAAGACCCUCGUUGUCACCACCAUACUGGAAAACCCGUAUGUGAUGCGUAAGGACAACUACCAGGAGUUCCAGGGUAACGACCAGUACGAGGGCUUCUGCGUCGACAUGCUGAGGGAGCUGGCGAACAUCUUGAAAUUCUCCUUCAAGAUCAAGCUGGUGGAUGAUGGGCUGUACGGGGCUCCAGAGCCCAACGGCUCUUGGACUGGCAUGGUUGGAGAGCUAAUCAACAGGAAAGCGGACCUGGCCGUGGCGGGCUUCACCAUCACGUCAGAGAGAGAGAAAGUUAUCGACUUCUCUAAGCCGUUCAUGACCCUGGGGAUCAGCAUCUUGUACAGAGUUCAGCUGGGUCGGAAGCCUGGUUACUUCUCCUUCCUUGAUCCCUUCUCUCCUGCUGUCUGGCUCUUUAUGCUGCUCGCCUACCUGGCUGUCAGCUGCGUGCUCUUCCUGGCUGCAAGGCUGAGCCCCUACGAGUGGUACAACCCUCACCCGUGUCUGCGAGAGCGCAGGGACAUGCUGGAGAACCAGUACACACUGGGAAACAGCCUGUGGUUCCCUGUUGGAGGCUUCAUGCAGCAGGGAUCAGAAAUAAUGCCCAGAGCCCUGUCGACCAGAUGUGUUAGUGGGGUGUGGUGGGCGUUCACCCUGAUCAUCAUCUCCUCCUACACGGCCAACCUGGCGGCAUUCCUCACUGUCCAGAGGAUGGAGGUUCCCAUCGAGUCCCCCGACGACUUGGCCGACCAGACCAACAUCGAGUACGGCACCAUCCAUGGAGGGAGCACCAUGACCUUCUUCAUGAACUCACGUUACCAGACCUACCAGCGCAUGUGGAACUACAUGAACUCCAAGCAGCCCAGUGUAUUUGUGAAAAGCACCGAGGAGGGCAUUGCCCGUGUGCUCAACUCAAAGUAUGCCUUCCUGAUGGAGAGCACCAUGAAUGAAUACCACCGCGGCCUCAACUGUAAUCUCACAAAGAUCGGGGGCCUGCUGGACACCAAGGGCUACGGCAUUGGCAUGCCACUGGGGUCUCCGUUCAGAGAUGAGAUCACGCUGGCCAUCCUCCAGCUGCAGGAGAAUAACAGGCUGGAGAUACUGAAGAGGAGGUGGUGGGAGGGGGGCCAAUGUCCCAAAGAGGAGGACCACCGUGCCAAGGGUCUGGGGAUGGAGAACAUUGGGGGCAUCUUUGUGGUGCUGAUCUGUGGCCUCAUCAUUGCCGUGUUUGUGGCCAUUAUGGAGUUUGUGUGGUCGACGCGCCGCUCGACAGAGACCGAUGAGGUAUGCCCCCAUACCUGCCCUCGCCGACACCACAGACACACCCCAGUGUCUGUCUGUCAGGAGAUGAUCACAGAGUUCCGAAACGCCGUCUCGUGUAAGAAGAGCUCCCGUAUGCGCCGCCGUCGGCCCCUCAACAGCUCCGCAGCCCUGCGCCACCCUGCACGCAUCGCUCUGGGGGCCCCUCGGCCCCUGCGCCUCGUGCGGGAGAUGCGCCUCAGCAACGGAAAGCUCUACAGUGGAGCAGGCCCCCUGACAGGUGGUGCUGGAGGUGGAGGAGGUGGAGCAGGAGGGACAGGGCUUUCAGAUCUUGGUCCUGGACCGCAGCGGCUCCUAGACGAUCCCCUGGGUGCCAACACCACCCCUCCUCCACCGGCCCCCACCCCUGUGAUGCUGCCCGCCCGCAGCUGCACCCACGUGAGGAUCUGCCAGGAGUGCCGGAGGAUCCAGAGCCUGAGGUCAGGCAGCAGUUUAGGAUCAACCUCGACAAGAAUACCACCUUCAUCAGCACCCCUGCCCAGGUUACCCCCUCCCCCGCCUCCCUCCUCAUCCAACACAGACAGUGAGGGCGGAGGGGGGCCCAGCCCGAGGCGGCUACAUCACAGCCCCCCACCUCAUACUGCCCGACCCCUUCCACCUCCACAGAGCAGCAACACCACAGACCUACUGGUGAACCAGGACUGAGACCAGAGGCGUGUGGGCGGGGGCGGAGGGCUGCAGGUAGCCAAUGACGUGACUGGGGACAUUUGUGCUGCUCAGAAAAACACUGCUCGGUUCCGCAGGUGAAUUUCAUCGGAGAACAAAAGAGGGAAAAACUGAACUUGGCAAGGUCAUCCAUUAGAGAGUGAGGCAACCGAAUAAGCAAGGAAGACUGUAACCUGUUCUCCAGGUGAGCUUGAGGCCUACAGAUACAGAACUGGCUCCAAAGAGAUAGUUGUUGGUUAAAGCUUCUGUGAUCGACUCUGACGAACAGUUCAGUUCGGAGAAAUCUGAGCCCAGAUGCACAGACGACGGUCGUCAUUGGCUUCCUUUCUCUCUCGGCGCUCCCUUGUCACUUAACCUUUAGAUGUGAGGCCGUUGGUUUUCUUCCACAGACACUUGCCUGGAAGUUAACCACCCCUCUAGUAAAACGAAGCCUUGUUGGAGGACAUACUGUAUCCGUAUGUGAUUUAAAAACAGCAACUAAAAAGACUUUCAGAGAAUUAUUUCCUGUUUUUUUUUUUGUUGUCUUUAUUGUUUUGUUACCAUUGUUCUAAGUGGGAAUUAAAUACAGACUGUGCGUGACAAUAUGGUGGAUUAUUACAUACUAAGAAACUUGACUAUGGUUAAUUGUGUUCAUGAUGUUUUGUGUCCCUCCCUGUGCCCCAUAGCUGCUUUUUUUGGCUGGUGUCGGGGAUUGUGGAUAAAACGACUUAAAAACAGCUUCAUACAAACACUAGCAGAGGAAACUGUUGGCCUGCCUUUCUUUACACUGUGCGUAUGUGUGUCUGUAAAAAAUUGUGCUUCCUGUUAAGUCUGUCUGUAACUACUCACUGAGGAGAACCAUGUACCCAGCACCCUUCUACUAAUGUUAGCUAAUCAGAUGGCCAGAGAACGGGGGAGAUGGAGGGAGAAAAAAAGAGAGAAAGAGAGAGACAGCAAGGGCUUUGAAAUGUGAAAUUAAUGUCCCUCGUUAUCCUGGGUAACGCUUGCCAAGACUCCUUUUUUUUCACCUCUGUUCACACAGCAAAGAAGAGAUAGAAAGACCGGGUGAACCGGAGCCAGGGAGGACAAGAUAGAGAAGAACAGAGCGAGAGGAGAUAGAGAGAGGCAGAGAGGGAAAGUACACAGCUGAAUUUGAAUGAGAAAUCCCGAACUGAACUACUUCCAUUAUUAGAUCUGUCCUGAUCUGUUAAUUCUGGGCAUCUUUUAAGGGGCUUGUUAACGCGCCAGCAGGCUGUAGCUGCAGCUUCUUCCCUUCUCUCUGUUUAACAGACAGACUUGGCCGUCCACAGCACAGACUCCUGCCAGAGUGAUAGACUCAACACAGCCUCGUCAAUACUGUCUCAAGCUUUUGAUUGCCUAAUUACUCCCCUCGGUGGCUGGGGACUGAUUCAGGAGAGGGUUGAGCACAGGAAAACAUGCUGAUGAAUAGAUUUGGAGGAAAUACAUGUUUUUCACUGCGGUUAGGUCGAGUAUCCGGUCUCUCUUAAUUGUGUUGUUAAUGUCACAGCCCUACACUGUCCAACACUAACAAUCUGAACUCUACAGUACAUGCGCCGCGGCACUUAAAGGAACACACUGGUGGAUUUGCAUGUUUUAGCCCUUUAACUUUGAAUGUGUGUCCACUUCACAGAACUGCCGACGAUUAUUCAAACCCUUCCCUAGAUUUAGAUUCCUAAUCUUGCAAGUAGCCACUGCUUUCAUUGCAAAUUAUGUUAAUGUUUAAUAGCCGAUCCAUCACAGUGAAUGUUAAAUAAUAUGUCUGGCUAUAAUUAUUUUUAAUCUUUUUCAUUUUCAAGGAAUCUCAUGAAAAGACCAAAACAAACAUAGAGCUCCAUUGUUGUCAUCAAACAGCCAAACCAUUCACUACCAUGAACAUGAACACCUCAGUUAAAUAGCAUUUUCUACUAUUUUUAAUGGGGAAUUCUGUCUUUAUUAACAUGACAUUAGGUGUGAAUUGAGAGCGGAGAAGACGCACAGCAAAGGCCCGGGUCAGAGUCGUACCUGCGGCCGCUAGAGGAGAUCUCAAGCCUCCGUAUUCCACCUGUACAUCCUUGACUUCUAAUACUCCAAAGCAUAUGAAUCCACAGCUGAACAUAGUCCCCCACAAACACUAUUCUGCUUGACUAACAUUUGCUUAAAGCCUCAGUGCCCAGCUCCUCUAGGAAUUUACUGUGCCUUUUUAUUUAUUUAUUUUUUGCAAUGAAACUCUACAUAUGUCGUAUUUGUUGCGUGUUCACUGGAAACAAAUGGCUGUGAAAGUAUUGAGAGUCGGACAAAUGCAUUGUUAGUUUUGGUCUUUACGUAAGAUUUGUCGACAUUAACAAAAUUAGAAGGGCACUCGGAAAACGCAUACACAGUCCCCUCAUGAAACCUCAUUUAAAUUCACUUGAUUUGUAUUUGGAUCUGCACCAAAUUGCACACCAUCAGUCCCCACACUCUGCUUUACACAGUAUUUACAGUACGACAUGAGAUUAUUUAAUUUUACAGUCAAACAGAAAACACUGAAUGUGGAGAGGUUGCAUCACCACCUCCCUCAUCAGCUGUUUGUAGGCGGAUUAAUCAUCUUAAUUAGCUAAAAUGAAUGAAAAGCUUUUCUCCACCGACGUUUAGGAGCUGAUUUAUAAAAAGAAUGACAUGCAGUCCACUUAUGUUCACUCAAUGUGUGGCACAUCAGGAAGUAUUGGUUGCUGUAUGAUUUCUCUUUAGUUCAGGUUAGGAGUGGCGAGGAUUUGUCUGUGGUGUCCCACCUUUCUGAAAGAAUCCCUGCAGAAGCAAGUUAAACUCGGUCAGUCUGUACUUUUUUAUUCCUUAAUACAUGAUUACUUCAGACAUCAUGUCUAUCUCAGAAUUAAACGACACUGCGCUGCAUUAGCAUCAGUGUUUGUUGAAUCUGUUCUACCAAUCAGUUCCCAAAAUAUUCCCUGUUGAGUGAUUCACUGUGCUGAACCAUGGGGAUCACACGGUUAAUAGAUACAGUUUGAUGCAGCAGUUAUGAAAAGCCUCUCUGGUUGGUGUGUUCAAGGAAACACAGAUAUUCAAGAUUUGAGAGUUGGCUGAUGCAACAUUUCCAAAGCAUGUAAUUGCCAAAUUCCCAUUAUGCUGUUAAUAUUUGCCAAUUCUUUAAUAGUUUGAUUUCCUGACAGAAGAGAUCAUGAAUGUAAUUUUUCAGCCGCUGAUUACCACUUCUCAGAAGUCAAUGUUUCCUGUUCCCUGAAUGCAUCAAUGUUUUUUCUCCCCCCACCCCUAAUUUAAAAUGACAGUUUCCCUGUUUGGGCCAAGAUCCUCGUGUCUCAUUAACUCGCGGCUUCCACGAGUCUUGUGUCUGUCGAGAGCUACCAGCUGCUUCUUUCACCUGUAACUGAGGUUUUACGCUUUCAUCAUUGAUAGCAUCACACUGUUGUGGUACAUGAUCCCUCACUUGCUUCCCUCCCAUGUAUAUUCAGCAGUAUGUGUCUGAGGUAACGUGCAAAACCAUCAAUGCAUCCCUUUAUAAAUCCCUUUAUAAAUGCAGACAUUGUUGUCGGGGCUAAAAUUGCCGAGCUGUAUAAAACGAUCAUUUUGUUCGGUGCAACAGAUUUCUCCACGCUGUUGUGUUGCCGAUAAUGGACGAUAACAUUGUUUGCUUUGCACACGUUCUGCUGUUUCUCUGAAUGAUGGCUGUCAGCAGAAGCGUCUCUAUCUCUGUUUACCUCUGCCUGCGUGUGGAAUGCUGACAACACGACAUGAGGCGAACUGUCUCCACAAGACGUCACAGUGUACACACACACACACACACACACACACACACACACACACACACACACACACACACACACACACACACACGGGCUCACAAACACACACACGGGCUCACAAACACACACACGGGCUCACAAACACACACACGGGCUCACAAACACAAUCACACUCAUCAACCACAUCAUGAUUCCUUGUUAUCGAAAGGUUAUUGUUUUCAAAUUUGUCUUCGCAAUCUCUUUUCCUCGUCGUCUUUGUCUUGCUCUGUAAACAAAUGUGCAAAAACCCCUAAAAAACAGCACCAUAUAGCUAUUAGGUGGCCAUCUACAGCUUUAAAACAUGUUUUGCUGCAAUGCAUUAUUGUGAAGAGGCAAGAGGACGGUACAAACCAUAACCCCGGUACGAAUAGCGAAGGGCAGGGAGGGUCACAAAACAAAUCCGAAGGGGUGUCUGAACGGUCACUCAGCAAAACAAACCUUUUCGUUUACCUUUACGUUCUUUUCUUUGAUAUUUUUUCAUAUUUCUAUACUAGUGCUAAAUGGAUUAUUAAAACUGACGAUGAAUAUUAUGAUUAAAUUGUUGUUAUUAUUCCUACUGAGGAGCAGGAGGUUCUAUCGUGUGCUUGUGGGUGCAGGUUGGUGAUUGGGAGGCAUCGGGCUGAAGGUGCAAUGAUGUUCUGCAGAGCGAUCGCCCAGUUGUUCAAACCUAUAGACACACAAACUUCUUUUGGAAUAAAAUGAUACAAACAGUC